AUGACAUCGCCCGAGCGCUUCCAGCGCGAGAACCUCCCUCUGUCAGAACUCCCGCAAUUCCUGAACGGCACCUACACACUUGAGAAGCCCGUCUACACAGUAUGGGGCGCAUGUGAAGACGUUUCGGUUCUGGAGAAGCUGCGCUCAGGAGAAUACAAGAUCAACAACUUGUUUGUAAUCGAUGAGUCGCAUGCCCGCCUGCUCGACAUUGGCGGCGUCAAGUUGCGCCUUUUGGGUCUCGGAGGUGCUGUUGUCAUGCACAAGCUGUUCGACAACGGCGAAGGUCGCACUACUAUUGCUGGAGGACAAGGAACGAUGUGGACCACUCUCCUUCAGGUCGGAGAGCUCAUCGACACAGCCAACCGUGUCUACGAUCCUACCGAAACCCGUGUCUUUGUCACUCAUGCAUCGCCUGCUCGUGAAGGUCUGCUGAAUCAGCUGGCUGUGGCCCUCAAAGCCGACUUCUCCAUUUCGGCUGGCUUGCACUUCCGCUACGGCAGCUCCUACAACGAGUUCAGCGUCAACCCUACUUUGGACCACUACCGCGGCAAAUUGGCCGCUUCCAAGGCCUCCUUCAACGAUGUCUGGGAGACUGUCAAGAGCGAGGUCGAGCCUGCCGUUUCCGAGAACGAGUCGCAGCAGCGCCUUCUUAACAACGCUCUUGACUUGGUUUCGAAGAUGCCCUCUGUCGCAAACGGUGGCAACCCCUUCGGUGGCGGUUACACCGGUCCUCAGGGUGGUGUCGUUGAUGAGAGCGCCUUCAAGAACAUGUGGAACUUCAACCUGGCCGACGCCGCCUUCGGUUGGCUGUUGCUCGAUAUUGACCAGGGCAGAAUUGGUACCGAGAUGAAGGCUCAGGGUUUCAACUUCUCACACCGUGCCGGCAAGCCCACUCAACGUCCUACACAACCCGCUCAGGCAACUCAAUCCCAACAACCCGCAACACCAGCCGCCGCAUCAGCACCUACACCCAGCAAUGUGCCUACACCUUCCGGACCUCCCGCUGCUUCGGCAUCUGCUCCUGCUCCCGCAAACGCACCUUCGCGUGCCGCUGGACCUCACCAAACCGCUAGACCCCCAGUUGCUACCCCUCAACAGGUGCCUUCUCCUGCGCCUACCAAGCCCGCAGCAAGCCCUCAGCCUGCUGCCCCUACCAAUGGCACACCUGCACCUGCAAAGACCGAAGAGAAGGCUGCUGCUACUCCCGCCGCUGAUACCCCCAAGCCUCAGGAACCUCCUAAGAGUCAGUCCAUCUUCAUUCCUCCCAUCAAUGGUACCGAUGACGAGGCCGAAGUGCGCCAGAUCUUCAGUGAGGAGGAUCAAAAGAAGGUUACCAAGCUCGAGAGGACUAGCAAGGGCUUCUGGAUCGCACACUUCAACUCACACGAAGAGAUGCAAGAAGUCCUGAAGCGUAGUCCUGCAUCGGACAGCAAGUACUCGACACUGAGAAUCAGCGAGUUCAAGCAACGCCCAGCCCGUGGUGGAUUCCAGGCCGGUACUUGGGGCAGCUCACGCACAGCAUCAGGCCAGCAGAGCGGAUACCGUAGUGGGCAAUCCGACAGCGAAGGCGCUCGCAGUGGACGUGGCGGCCGUGGAGGACGUGGUCGUGGUGGUAUGGAGCGCGGCGGCCGUGGUGGUAGAGGUGGUGCCGGCCGUGGACCUUCUUCGGGUGCAGCUCCUGGUGGCGGCGAGUCUCAGGCAUGA